CUAGCCAGUGAGCGAAGCGGGAAAUAAAAGGGUUUUGACAGAAGGAUUUUAGUGAUCAAAAGAAGAAGAAGAAGAAGAAGAAGAAGAAGAGAUAAAACGAAGAAAAGACAAUAAAAGACAAUAAAACAGUGAACCAGGAAGAAGGAUUAGAAGAAAGGAAGAAAAAGGAAAAGGAAAAAAAUACCGAAAAGAGAAGAGAGGAAGGAGGAAGAGAAGGAGAGAAAGAGAGAGAGAAAUCCUUCCUUUAUCUCCAUCUCUCCAGCAUCCAAGCCACGCCUUCUCUCCAACAUUUGUAAGAGUCUGAGCGCGGCGCCGCGGCGGGAGGCAGGAGGAGGCAGGGCUGAGGCCGGCCUGGAAGGGUCGCCGCGAUGCCCCGUCCCGCACGCCCCGCCGGCCCAUUGCCCCGCCCCGUGAGCUGAGUCGGGCCACGAUGGGGCGCGUGGCCGCCCUGCUGGUGCUGGCGGUGCUGUGGCGGCGGGCGGCGGCCGGGGGGGAUGCCGUCAACGGGACCUGCCUGGAGGGCUGCUCCUGCGGCCUCGCCACGUCCCGCCGCCUGCAGCAGGAGCUCAACACGCUCAACUGCUCCUUCGCUGGGCUGAAGGGCUUCCCCGAGGCGCUGCCGCCGGACGUGGAGGCGCUGAGCGUGCGCGGCAACGCCAUCACGCACGUGCUGGACUCGCUGUCGCGCCUGACGGAGCUGCGCGAGCUGGACCUGUCCGGGAACAGGAUCAAGUCCAUCGGGCGCGGCGGCAUGUUCCAGAACAUGAGCCGCCUGCUGCUGCUGGACAUGGGCAAGAACACCAUCUCCACCAUCUUCCGCGACAACCUGAUGGGGCCGCGCGCGCUGCUGCACCUCGUGCUCGCCAACAACAAAAUCAACUACAUCGAGGACGAGGCGCUGGCGGACCUGUCGAGCCUGGUGAGCCUGGACCUGCGCCAGAACCUGCUGGGCUCGCUGUACGAGGAGUGGUUCCACGGGCUGGGACGCCUCGCCACCCUCGACCUCACCCACAACCGCAUCCACAACAUCCCCUCCUCGGUGUUCCGCGCCCUCGCCUCGCUGCGCAUCCUCAACCUCUCCGGAAACCGCAUCUCCUCCGUGGACCCGCGCGCCUUCUCGGGCCUGACGCGGCUGCAGGAGCUGGUGCUGGAGGACAACCUGCUGGCGGCGGUGCCCACGGCGGCGCUGCAGAGCCUGCCUAGCCUGGCGUCGCUCACCGUGGACCACAACCCGCUCACCAAGGUCAAGCCGCUGGACUUCUCGCACCUAGGCGCAGCGCGCGUCAGCGUGCGCCACAUGCCCGAACUGCGCAUCGUGGACCCCAAGGCCUUCUACAACCUGCCCAACGCCACAACGCUGCUGCUGAGCGACAACCCGCGCCUCGCCUACGUCGACCCGCUCGCCUUUAUGAACGUGGACGCGCUGCGGGAGCUGAAGCUGCACAACAACCACCUGCGCGGCCUGCAGAAGGAGAUGGCCGAGUACCUGCCCGAGGGCGUGCACCUCACGCUGUACGGCAACCCGCUCACCUGCGACUGCAACGCGCGCUGGCUGCGGCGGACCAUCGCGCUGCGGGACAACGCCAGCGUGGUGCUGGACGCGCCGCAGCGCCUGGUCUGCCACGACCCGCCGGCGCGCGCGCACAAGCUGCUCAAGGACUUGCAGCUGCUGGGGCUGCCCAAGACGUGCGCGCCCACCGUGCUCAACCUGACGCAGAGCCGCGUGGUGGAGGGCAAGGUGGGCGGCUACCAGGUGCUGGAGUGCCGCGCCCUGGGCUCGCCCAACCCGCGCCUGCACUGGCUGCUGCCGGACGGCUCGGUGGUCAACUCGCGGCUCAACGAGGUGCGGCGCCGCUUCUUCCCGCCGUGCACGCUCAUCCACUACCACCUGCGCGCCGCCGACGAGGGCCCGUACACCUGCGUGGCAGAGAACGCGCUCAACGUGUCCCGCGGCACCGUGUGGCUGCGCGUGGCGGGCCUCGACAUCCACCUCUUCCCCAUCCGCAUCUCGUCCACCUUCAUCACGCUGGUCUGGAACGGCACGGAGCGGCGCGCCUUCCCCUCCUACAAGAUCUUCCACUACGAGGUGGACGAGAACGGCACGGCGGUGGGCGAGCAGCGCGCCAGCGAGACCAGCCCCGCGCGCAAGACGUACACCAUCAGCCACCUGCGGCCAGACACGCGCUACCGCUUCUGCCUCGGCAACGAGGACGCGAGCGGCUACUGGCUGGAGAUCUCGUGCUGCCUCGCCACCACCGAGGACCUGCAGUUUAUGCUGCAGGGCAUCUCCCGCACCUCAAGCGCGGCCGUGGCGGCCAUGGUGGGCCUCGUGCUGGCUAUGACGGCCGCCGUCUGCCUCCUCUCCGUGGCCUCGCGCCGUUACCGGCAGCGCUUCUACGAGAGCCCCGACAAGAGCGGCGGCGGGUCGUCCACCGUGCCCCUGGUGCACCUCUGCCGCCCCCUCAUGCCCGCCUCCUGACGACUAGCGGGGGGCGACGGCUUCCACCCCCUCCUGCGCCGCCCGCCCUGCUGCUCCAGCCCCGACCCCUCCACCCUCACGCCCCCGCCCCGCCAGCGCUGCUCCUCCGCGGGGAGGGACUGCCCGAAACACACCUCCGCGGCGCCCCGGCCCAACGUGCUGGAGGACUGCUCCUGCGCGCCGCACCGGUCGACCAGCCCCAGACGCGGGGUCGCCAGCCGCCUCCUCGAGUCCCCGGACCUGCUGCCCUACACGGCCGACGUGGAGACGAUGCCCAUCCUGCAGGAGACACAGCUGUCCUCAGGCUAGACACGCCCACCACGCCACGCCCGAACACACACGCCCGAAACUGUUCAGCCCUGAAGCCUAACUUGGGCCCACAAUACGGCUAGAAAAGGAAAGCCCGAAGGCUGUUCUUAGGGUCCAAAUAUCCUCAACGGAACGACGCCAACUUUAUGAAUAGACUCCACGCCAUUCCACGCCCACCACGCCCUCUUGAACACACGCUCCUGUCCAGCCCUGGAGCCUAACCUGGGCAAAAAACACGGCUGGAAGAAGGAAAGUCCAAAGCCUAUUCUUAGGGUCUAAAUAUCCUCAACGUAAGACGCCCACACCACUUUUGCCCAUGUACACGCUACGCCCACAUGUCCAGCUCUGAGGCGCGUCCUGACUCAAAAGAAUAAGACGCUAUUGUCCGACCCCCGAGCGCGUCUGGGGGCAAAGGGAGACCAAGGAAGUAGGUAACUCUUGGAAUAUACUUCGCCCGAUCGCGACCACACACACCACGUUAACAGAUGCCAAAACAAACGUACAGAAGACUUAAAACACUGAAGGAACGAACAUGUACAGAGGCCCUGUUGUGUAUAUAUGACCUUCAGGGACGCUUGAGGUUUAAACAAAGCAAUUGGACAGUCUAGCGAGGUGGUGGAAGAAGUCGUACUGUCUUCACAUGUCCGGCUAUCCUACAAUGUCCAUGUCUACUGGUGUCCGGGUGCUUUACUAAGACUCUGUGGCCCGCUAGAGGUAAGAAGUGUCUUUAGAAUAUUCGAAAGUCCUUGGGUAGUAAACGUAAGGUGUCUUUGCAGUGUUGGUAAGGUAUUGGGAAGUAAAAUAUGUCCAGAGAAGACCCGUAAGAGUGCUUCAAGAGUUUUAAGUGUUUACGGAAAGCCCCCACGAGUGAAUGAAGUGAAAAAAAGUGUACAUGAAGUCCCUAAAAAUAAGUAGAGUAAAAAGUGUUUAUGUAAAGAGCCUAAGAGUGGCUGGAGAAAAAAAAAGUGUUUAGAAAAUACAUAAAGUACACAAAAAGCGAUAUUUUACUCGUGUCUGUAGCCUAAAAACUUCGUAAGAGUCCUUGGAGAGUUAAAAGUGAUGACAGAAAAUACAUAAAAGUGUUUGGAGGUAAAAGCAAUCCACUAAAUGUACUCAAAGCUGUUUUAUAUUAUGAUGUAAGAAACACUUUAUAUACAGGACAUCAAGUCAACGGUUGGGGCACAGAUCUUAACCCUAUCUUUAAGGGCGUCUAGGUGUAAGCUGUGUCAACUGAAGCUUAAUACGAGUGCUUCAGGGGCGAUAACUUUUUACUAUACAUAUACCUAAGCUUAGCGAUCUCUCCAGUAACCAGAAAUGCCAAAUGUAUAUAAGAAAUUGAAGUCAACGGUUGGACAAUAUAACUUCCCGUGCUCUUCCCACAUACAGAACCGCUUAAGUUGCCCGCUGGUGGUGCGUGUUGGCCGGUGGAGGCUUGCUAAGGACCACAAACACUUCUUCUAUCAUCAUUACACCAAUAUUCUUAAAAACAAUUACUCUUGAGGGCCACAAAGACUUAGUUUAUCGACAUUACACGAGUAUGCUUGCUUAAAUUUACUCUUGAGAGACACCAACACUCAUUUUCAUCAACAAUACACGAACACUCUUGACAAUAUUGUUUCUUGGUAAGUUCCUGAGGGCGUUAAAGUGAUAUGGUGGUGAGACUGGUUACUGAAAUGACUGUGAACUGGACGAGAAGUGGAAAAAAGGAACGAUGGAAAAAUAGACGCCAACACAUAUUUCAUCAACUCAUACGAAUAUUCAUGAUGCAAUUGUGUUUCUUGAUAAGUGGUGACAGAGUGGUGAGAUCGGCUAUUCGAAAGUCUGGGAAUUGGACGAGAAGUGAAGAAGAAGAGGUGAAAAAUCAGACACAAGUGAACGAAUGAAAAGAAAAAAAGUGAAGGUUGGAAGGAGGAAAAAAGAAAGGGAAAUGAAAAUCUGAUAUCUGAAACCCCUAAGAGAACCGAAAAGGACAUUUAAACAGCAAGGAAAUGUGAAAGGUUGACGAAAGAAAGAUAAAACUGAAGCGAAAAACGUAAUAUUAGGCUAAAAAAAGGGGGUAGGAAAGAUGGGAUAAAGAUCGAUAGCUUGAAAGAAAACAGAAAAGGAAACAAAACAAAACAAAAACAGAAAUACCAGACCUUAAAGAAAACAGAAAAGGAAACAAAACAAAACAAAAACAUAAAUACCAGAGCUUAAAGAAAACAGAAAAGGAAACAAAACAAAACAAAAACAUAAAUACCAGAGCUUAAAGAAAACAGAAAAAAACGAGGUAUUAUGAAAACUUGGGAAAUAAAAAAAAAAGCGAAAAUGAAAAUGGAAAAUAAGACGCUAUGAAGACUGAGAACAAGAAUACAAAAAUAAAAAAACUAGAAAAUAAUGAAUACUGAAAACUUGGCAAAUAAAAAACAAGAAAAUGAAAAGAAAACAAAGAAAAGGAAACAAAAACAAAACAAAAACAGAAAUAGAUACCAGAGCUUAAAAAAAAACAUAAAAAUCGAGGUAUGAAAACUUGGAGAAUAAAAAAAACGAAAAUGAAAAUGGAAAAUAAGACGACACACACACAAAAAAAAAACAGAAAGAAA